AUAAAAUUUAUAAUAAUUAUACCCCUUAUAUUUAUAUCCUCAACACACCCUAUUUCUAUAGUUAUAAUCAUGAUUUUAACUACAAUCUACAUAAGAAUCAUGAUAUAUAAAUUUAUAAAAUUCUCUUGAUUCAUUCUAAUUAUUACACUUCUUAUCUUAGGAGGUUUACUAGUAAUUUUUCUGUACAUUACAAGUUUAACACCAAAUAAAAAAUUUACUUUUAACAAAAAAUGACUUUUUAUUAGACUUCCAUUAUUAUUGAUACUAAAAAUUAAUAAUUUUCCAAUAAUAUCUAUAAAUAAAAUACAAAUUCAAGAAAUUUUAACAGAAAAACCUCUAAUAAUAUUACUAUUUAUAAUAAUUUACUUAUUAAUCUCUCUAAUUUCUAUUAUAAUAAUUAUUAAAUCAAUUAUAGCCCCUCUUAAAUCUAACUAA